AUUCAUGCUGACUUGAACAAGAAUAUUAAAAGUCAAGACCCUGAAUAUAUUAAUAAUAAAGACUUUGAUUCUUUUAACAAAUUAUUGAGCAACAAUAUUGAGAACUCUCAAUUACAAAAUUCUUGCUCCUGUUCUGAGUCACAAUAUUCUUGUUUGCAAUCACCAAAACAUUCUCAACAUUUUCAUUCUCAAUCACCAAAACAUUCCCAACAUUUUCAUUUACGAUCACCAAGACAAUCUCAGCAUUCUCAUGCCCAGUAUGAUGGUCUUAGAAAAUCUUACAAUGAAGAAAGAGCUGAUGUCCUUACUCAACAA